CAUACGGGUUUGGAACAAACGGAGGGUGAGUAAAUUAUGACAAUUUAAGUUUUUGGGUGAAGUUAAGAAGCCUGGUGUGGGCCAUCCUGUGGUAGAAGAUACAAAACAAUAUAGUGCACAGUAUUUUUUUAAUAAUGUUUUUAUUUUAAAUAAAACAGAUUAAUGGAGCACAUCUGACAAUGAAACACAAUUUCAGUCUUUCUAUUUUAAAAUUGCACUUAUAAUGUUCAGUGUGUUACUUGUCGUUUUUUUGUAAUGAUUUGUGAAAUGUUUUAGCAUUUCUUAGUGAAUCUUUUUAGUAUGCUGGUCUAACAUUUUAGGUCAAAGGCUUGUGGUUUAUUUGGCAAAUAUUGCAAACCAAUAAAAUCAUGUUUCUCAUGUUAAAAUGCAUUAAUUCCAGUUUCUGUGAAUUUUCCUACAACUAUCUGAGCUGACUUGGUGUAAACAAACUUUUUUAGUGAUGACCCUUGCAUUUUAACUGUUAAUGUAUUCAGUGCUUAAUUCACUGCACUGAUUUGUGAAGCAGAUUCAGGGACUAAUUGUGGAAAUGUGGUGUGUAGGUAAGCAAACACUGUGAAGCAACAUAAUUUAACACUGAUUAUAAUUAAGACUGCUUGCAAGCACAUUUAUCUCACUGUUUGUGAUAAAUUGCUCCAGUCUUUGCUCUCCAUUAUGAGUUUCACCUACUAGUUUUCAUGUGUUUUCUUCUAACAGUCGGAGAGCUCCAGCUACUGUGUUGGAUCAGAGACAACGUCUGCGGCUUCCGGGCCAUGAGUGGUUUUAAGGGCCAGGAUGUGGAAAAACAAGGCAUCAGGCUGCCAAAAAAAUGGACUGAUCCCAAUGAAAAAAUCCCCACAGACCGUACGAUGGUUGUUAGGGGAGUUCUGGGAGGUGGUGAUGCUUCCGAUCCCACUGGGGGUCCGUUCAGAAAACGGCGUCAGCGCUAUGUGGAAAAGGACGGCAAGUGCAACGUCCACCAUGGAAACGUGCGGGAAACCUACCGUUACCUGACGGACAUCUUCACCACACUUGUAGACUUAAAGUGGCGCUUCAAUCUGCUGGUCUUCACGCUGGUCUACACCACCACCUGGGUGUUUUUUGGCUUCAUCUGGUGGCUCAUCGCCUACACCCGUGGAGAUCUGGACCACGCUGAUGACAAUGAGUGGACGCCGUGUGUGAAUAACCUCAAUGGCUUCGUCUCUGCGUUCCUUUUUUCCAUCGAGACUGAGACUACCAUUGGUUAUGGGUACCGCGUCAUAACAGACAAAUGCCCGGAGGGCAUCAUCUUGCUUCUGGUGCAGGCCAUCUUGGGCUCCAUCGUCAAUGCCUUCAUGGUGGGCUGCAUGUUUGUCAAAAUCUCACAGCCAAAGAAACGUGCUGAAACACUCAUGUUUUCCAGCACAGCUGUGAUAUCCAUGCGGGACAGCAAGUUGUGUUUGAUGUUUCGUGUGGGGGACUUGCGUAACUCACACAUAGUGGAGGCCUCCAUCAGGGCCAAGCUCAUCCGCUCUAAGCAGACAAAGGAAGGAGAGUUCAUCCCCCUAAACCAGACGGACAUCAACGUGGGUUUUGACACGGGGGACGAUCGCCUGUUCCUGGUUUCGCCGCUGAUUAUUUGCCAUGAGAUCAACAAGAACAGCCCCUUCUGGGACAUCUCUCAGGAGCAACUGGCACGAGAAGAGUUUGAAAUAGUGGUCAUUCUGGAAGGAAUGGUGGAGGCCACAGGAAUGACAUGUCAAGCCCGAAGCUCGUACCUGAAUUCAGAAGUGCUUUGGGGAGAACGUUUCACCCCUGUGCUCUCGCUGGAGGAGGGAUUUUACGAGGUGGAUUAUGACACGUUCCACCACACCUACCCUGCACCAACCCCUUCCUGCUCCGCUCGCGAGCUAGCAGAACUGGCAAAGAAAGGGGAAGCUAUACCUUUGCCCCCUAUUUCACCUCCAGCAACCCUGGGAGAGCCCCCAAGCCCAGAGGAGAUGACCAAGGCAGAAGAAGAAGAAGAAGAAUCAGAAGACACUGUUAGCAAUGGUGAUGUGAACAGAAUGGAGUGUGUGCAAGAAUAAGUUAACACAUUGCAAUCUGAAAUCUUUUGCUGCCUCUUUGUGGCAGACGGAAAUAUACGGAGACACAAAAACUCAAUUCAGCCACAUAAACUGAGGAAUAGUUUCAAAUCUAUAGACCUAUAGGUCUUCAUUUUGUCAUUGACCCCAUGCUGGUACUGUUAACUCUGUUCAAGAAUAGAAUGAAAGUGCAUAUGGUAAAGUUUUUAAACUUCAGGCGCAAAACUGCUUAAAUCAGCUUGAAUCUAUCAGCUUGAAUUGAAAUGCAGUUUAUUUUAAUAAGAUGUUUAUAUUUGUAGCUUUGUACUGUGAGUGCUUAACAUGCUACUGAGCUUGCAUCAUUGCUGUUGAGGUUUAUAAGUAUUUCUGAAUCCAGUUUAUAUAUAGAGAUUAAGAUUUAUUGUUUCAGAUGGUGCUUAUUGCUACACUGCAGCAUUUUAUGAAGCUUGUUUCCACUACAGGAUAACAAAAACAAAACAUAAAAUGGGGAAUUGCGAAUUUAUCUCACACAACUUUUUAUCUUGCAAUUCUGAGAAAGAAAAAAAAAGGUAUAAACUUGAAAUUCUGCAAACAAACAAAAAAUAUUCCAUGAAAAGAAAAUAUAUGGAAACUUGUUUCUGCCAAGGGAUAAAAAAACAAAAUUAAAAAGGUAAUUUUGACCUUUGAUUUGACCUUUUUUGUUCUCACAGUUCUAAGAAUAUAAACUGAGAAUUACGAUAUAUAAACUCAUAAUUCAGAUGGGAAAAAAUAAUUUUGAGAUGUAGUGAGAUAAAUGUCUCAAUUGCUUUUUUCCUUUCAUUUUUUUUUUCCGGGGUAAAAAAACAGGAAACCGAGGUGGAAACUUGUAAUCUGAAUUAAAUGUAAUCUGAAUGUAAAUCUGAAAAAAAUCUGAAUUAUGACUUUUUUUUCUCAGUAUUCCAAGAAAAAUGUUUUGUGAAUUGUGAGAUAGCUGCAAUUUCUUUACAUUCAAUUUCUUUACAUUUUUUAUCUCAUGACAGAAACAGCUUAGUAUUUUCUGUGUGAAACUGCUGGUAAAAAGCAAACAAACAAACAAAAAUGUUGUUCAUUUUUCUUUUCGUAAUGAAGGACAUCGUUUACCUAUAAAGGACGUUUUGAAUAUUCAUAGAUUAUGCUUUAAAUUGCACAUCCUCUAUGGAACUAUACACACAUGCUGUUUAGAAUAUAAUUUCUGUAACGAGGAGAUUUCUUUGUUAGCAAACAGUGACCACACAGACUACUACUGACGGAUGGUAUGAGUGAGAUUUACCAAAGGGUUAAUGGUGGGAAAUCAUUAUUUUAUUUCUUCAAUUGACGGAUAUGUAACACACAAACACUAAAACCGGGAUAUUAACACCCAACAAACAGAACGUAAUUGUUGCUUGUUUAUCUUAAAUUUAUGAAAUGUACUGUAGCUACUAGCCAAUUUGGUAUUUUUAUUCAUUUUCCAUAUCUUCUGUCUAUCAUUAAUAUUUCUGUUUGAGAAACAACCUCACUCUUAUUUAUAGCUCUUCUUUCGUGUUUUGUUAUUUUUUUAAACACCAGAUUUCAUAAAAUGUUUGUUUCUUUUGCAAUAAGUGAAUAAGAAAGCGAUUAAAUAAAAAAGAUAUUUCUCAGACACUAUGCUCUGUAUUUAGUUUCUGUGAGAAUAUGAAAUUAGAAUUAUAAGUUAAAACAACAUACAGUCAUCGACUACAUCCACUACACAAAGAUGAAAACAUUACAAUAACACAGAACUUAACACACAAGCUCUAUAAUAGAACUUCUUUAAGAAUUAGUGAAUAAUGCAGUACACUAGUCUACGUAGCUCUUCCCUCAAAUAAA